AUGGUGCAGCACUGGUCCGUGAUGAAGCAUCGGUCCCUGGUGCAGCAUCGGUCCCUGGUGCAGGAUCAGUCCCUGGUGCAGCACAGGUCUGUGGCACUGCACCAGCAUCGCUCCCCAGUGCAGCAUCAGUCCCCGGCGCUGCAUCCAUCCCUGGCGCAGCAUCAGUCCACGGCCAAGGGUUGGUCCCUGCUGCAGCCUUGGUCCCAGGUGCCACAUUGGUCCAUGGUGCAGCACUGGUCCGUGAUGAAGCAUCGGUCCCUGGUGCAGCACCAGUCCCCAGUACCGCAUCAGUCCAUGAUGCAGCAUCGGUCCAUGGUGCAGCACUGGUCUAGUUUCAACGGGCUGGCAAGCAAGGCCAGGGAGAGCUCUGAGGCCGAGGGGGAGCCGACAGCGUUGCCCACGCUGGCGGAGAGGGAGGCGGAGGCUCGUUUCGUGAGCACGGCGCCCACGCUGAAGCUCCUCAACCACCACCCACUGCUGGAGGACCUGCUGCACGAAGCCUUCCUGAAGAAGGACUACCUGGGCCAGGCACCAUUCCUGCCCGCCGGCCCCGGUCCCCUCCUGCCCGCUGGUGCCCUCCAGCCGGCCCCUGGCCCCCCGGCCCCUGAGCGGGUGCCGGGGGCCACUGUGGUCCCCGGGGAUGAGGAGGGGACCACCACCACCUCCACCAUCACCACCACCACUGUCACCACGCUGCAGGGGCCAGCCCCCUGCAACCGGACACUGGCGGGCCCCGAGGGCUGGCUGGUGUCCCCGGAGUCGGCCGCUGUCCCCUACGAUGGCAGCCUAGACUGCACCUACACCAUCUCCGUCUACCCUGGCUACGGCGUGGAGCUCAAGGUACAAAACAUCAGCCUGUUGGAGGGGGAGAUGCUGACGGUGGAGAGCGCGGGGAGCCUGGAGCCCACCCUCCUGGCCAACGAGUCCUUCCUGCUGCGGGGCCAGGUCAUCAGGGGGCGGGCUGGGGUCCUGGGGGAUCUGUGUGUCCCCCCCCAGUAACACCGCUGCCUGCCCCCAGCCUACCUGCUGAGCUGCCCCUUCCCGGCGCGGCCGGCUUUCGGGGAGGUCUCAGUCAGCAGCCUGCACCCCGGCGGGGACGCCCGCUUCCGCUGCACCACCGGCUACCAGCUGCAGGGAGCCCGCCGGCUCACCUGCCGCAAUGCCACCCGCCCCUUCUGGAGCGCCCGUGAGCCCCUCUGCCUUGCGGCGUGCGGCGGGGUGGUCCGGAACGCCACCGUGGGACGCAUCGUCUCGCCCGGCUUCCCCGGGAACUACAGCAACAACCUGACGUGCCACUGGCUGCUGGAAGCGCCCGCCAGCCACCGCCUGCACCUCCACUUCGAGAAGGUCUCGCUGGCAGAGGAUGACGACAGGCUGAUCAUCCGCAACGGCAACAACGUGGAGGCGCCGCCGGUGUAUGACUCCUACGAGGUGGAGUACCUGCCCAUCGAGGGGCUGCUCAGCACCGGGCGCCACUUCUUCGUGGAGCUCACCACCGACAGCAGCGGGGCCGCUGCGGGCAUGGCGCUGCGAUACGAGGCCUUUGAGCAGGGGCAUUGCUACGAGCCCUUCGUUAAGUACGGGAACUUCACGGCCAGCAACCCCCGGUACUCUGUGGGCACCACAGUGGAGUUCAGCUGCGACCCCGGCUACACGCUGGAGCAGGGCUCCACCAUCAUCGAGUGUGUCGACCCCAGCGACCCGCAGUGGAAUGAGACGGAGCCGGCAUGCCGUGCGGUGUGCAGCGGGGAGCUGACGGACGCGGCCGGCGUGGUGCUGUCACCCAACUGGCCAGAGGCGUACGGCAAGGGCCAGGACUGCAUCUGGGGGCUGCACGUGGAGGAGGACAAGCGCGUCAUGCUGGACGUCCGCGUGCUGCGGCUGGGUGCGGGGGACGUACUGACCUUCUAUGACGGGGACGACCUGACGGCGCGCAUCCUGGGCCAGUAUGCCAGUGCCCGUGGCCGCUUCAAGCUCUACGCCUCCACCGCCGAUGUCACCGUCCAGUUCCAGUCCGACCCCGGCGCUGGCACCUUCGCCUAUCGGCAAGGGUUCGUCAUCCACUUCUCCGAGGUCCCCCGUAACGACACCUGCCCCGAGCUGCCGGACAUCGCCAACGGCUGGAAGACGUCCUCGCAGCCAGAGCUGCUCCACGGCACCGUGGUCACCUACCAUUGCUACCCCGGCUUCCAGCUGGCCGGCACCGACCUCCUGAUGUGCCACUGGGACCUGACGUGGAGCGGCGACCUGCCCUCCUGCGAGCGGGUGACCUCCUGCCGGGACCCCGGGGACGCCGAGCACAGCCGCAGGGUGGUCUCCAGCCCCAAAUUCCCGGUGGGAGCCACCGUGCAGUACAUCUGUGACAAGGGCUAUGUCCUGGCGGGGGCAGGGACCCUCACCUGCCACGACCGCGCUGCGGGGGGACCCAAGUGGAGCGACCGUCUCCCCAAGUGCAUCCCGGAGACGUACGAGCCUUGCCACAACCCCGGCGUGCCGGCGGGCGGGCGGCAGAGGCCCGAGCGGCGGGUGGAGCCACAAAUCCAAGCCCUCCUGGCUCCCCCCAAGAGCGAAGAUGGGGAAAAGAAGAGCAGGAGGCCCGAGAAGGAGCCCAGGCGAAGUGGCAGGGGCACUAACCACGAUAGCUGCGAUAGCUGCAAGGAAGGAGGGGAUCUGCUGUGCUGCGAUCACUGCCCCGCCGCUUUCCACCUCCAGUGCUGGUAA